AGGCGCGCCUCCCUCCCCGCCCAAGAGUGUCACCAGCCUGGUGCUUCUGUGAGAAAGUACCACUGUAAGAGGCCAAAGGGCAUGAUCAUUUUCCUAUUUUACCCUGUCUAGGUCGCCAGCAAAUCCCAAGGGUCUCCUGAGGCUGCCCCUGGAGCCACAGGUCCCUCCAGUGCUGGAAGAAUGAAGGAUUUCGGCAUCAUCGUGAUGGCCAUGGCGCUGCUGUCUGGGUUCUUUUUCUUUGCACCGACCUCGAGCUACAACCUGGACGUGCGGGGCGCGCAGAGCUUCUCCCCACCUCGAGCCGGGAGGCAUUUUGGAUACCGCGUCUUGCAGGUCGGAAACGGGGUCUUCGUGGGAGCUCCAGGAGAGGGGAACAGCACAGGAAGCCUCUAUCAGUGCCAGCCAGACACAGGACACUGCCUGCCAGUCAGCCUGAGAGGUUCCAACUAUACCUCCAAGUACUUGGGAAUGACCUUGGCAACAGACCCCACAGGUGGAAGCAUUUUGGCCUGUGACCCUGGGCUGUCUCGAAUGUGUGACCAGAACACCUAUCUGAGUGGCCUGUGUUACCUCUUCCACCAGAAUCUGCAGGGCCCCGUGUUGCAGGGGCGCCCUGGUUUUCAGGAAUGUAUCAAGGGCAACGUUGACCUCGUAUUUCUGUUUGAUGGUUCGGGGAGCUUGCAGCCGGAUGAAUUUGAGAAAAUUCUGGAAUUCAUGAAGGAUGUGAUGAAGAAACUCAGCAACACUUCCUACCAGUUUGCUGCUGUUCAGUUUUCCACAGAAUACAAAACGGAAUUUAAUUUCUUAGAUUACGUUAAACAGAAGGACCCUGACGUUCUGCUGAGGCCCGUAGAGCACAUGUUGCAGUUGACCAACACCUUCGGUGCCAUCAACUAUGUCGCGAAAGAGGUGUUCCAGGAGAAGCUGGGGGCUCGGCCAGAUGCCACCAAAGUGCUCAUCAUCAUCACAGACGGGGAAGCCACCGACAAUGGCAACAUCGAUGCGGCCAAAGACAUCAUCCGCUACAUCAUUGGGAUUGGAAAGAAUUUUCAGACCAAGGAGAGUCAGGAGACACUCCACAAAUUUGCCUCAAAACCUGCGAGAGAGUUUGUGAAGAUUCUGGACACAUUUGAGAAGCUAAAAGAUUUAUUCACUGAGCUUCAGAAGAAGAUCUAUGUCAUUGAGGGCACAAGCAAACAGGACCUGACCUCCUUCGACAUGGAGCUGUCCUCCAGUGGCAUCAGUGCUGACCUCAGCAGGGGCCAUGCAGUCGUGGGGGCAGUAGGAGCCAAGGACUGGGCUGGGGGCUUCCUGGACCUAAAGGCAGACCUACAGGAUCACACAUUUAUUGGAAAUGAACCAUUGACACCAGAAGUGAGGGCGGGCUAUUUGGGGUACACCAUGACCUGGCUGCCCUCCCGGGAAAAGACUUGGCUGCUGGCCUCGGGAGCCCCUCGAUACCAGCAUGUGGGCCGAGUGCUGCUGUUCCAAGAGCCAGAGGGCAGAGGACACUGGAGCCAGGUCCAGGCAAUCAAUGGGACCCAGAUUGGCUCUUAUUUCGGUGGGGAGCUGUGCAGUGUGGAUACGGACCAAGAUGGGGAGACAGAGCUGCUGCUGAUUGGCGCCCCGCUGUUCUAUGGGGAGCAGAGAGGAGGCCGGGUGUUUAUCUACCAGAGAAGACAGUUGGGGUUUGAAGAGGUCUCAGAGCUGCGGGGGAACCCCGGCUACCCACUCGGGCGGUUUGGAGAAGCCAUCACCGCCCUGACAGACAUCAAUGGCGAUGGGCUGGUGGAUGUGGCUGUGGGGGCCCCUCUGGAGGAGCAGGGGGCUGUGUACAUCUUCAAUGGAAUGCAUGGGGGACUGAACCCCCAACCAAGUCAGCGGAUAGAAGGGACCCAGGUGCUCACAGGAAUUCGGUGGUUUGGACGCUCCAUUCAUGGGGUGAAGGACCUUGAAGGGGAUGGCUUGGCAGACGUGGCCGUGGGGGCGGAGGGCCAGAUGAUCGUGCUGAGCUCCCGGCCCGUGGUGGAUGUGGUCACUCUGAUGUCCUCCUCUCCAGCCAAGAUCCCAGUACAUGAAGUGGAGUGCUUCUAUUCAGCCAGUAACAAGAUGAAGGAAGGCGUUAAUAUCACAGUCUGUUUCCAGAUCAAGUCUCUCAUCCCCCAGUUCCAAGGCCGCCUGGUUGCCAAUCUCACUUACACCCUGCAGCUGGACAGCCACCGAACCAGAAGCCGGGGCUUGUUCCCAGGAGGGAGACAAGAACUCAGCAGGAACAUAGCUGUCACCACCAGCAUGUCCUGCAAUGACUUCUCAUUCCAUUUCCCGGUGUGUGUUCAAGACCUCAUCUCCCCCGUUAAUGUCUCCCUGAAUUUCUCGCUUUGGGAGGAGGACGGGACACCGAGGGACCAAAGGGCGGGCAAGGACAGACCACCCAUCCUGAGACCCUCCCUGCACUUGGAGACCUGGGAGAUCCCUUUUGAGAAGAACUGCGGGGAGGACAAUAAGUGUGAGGCAAACAUGAGAGUGUCCUUCUCAACUGCAAGAUCCAGAGCCCUGCGUCUGACCGCAUUUGCCAGCCUCUCUGUGGAGCUGAGCCUCAGUAACUUGGGAGAAGAUGCUUACUGGGUCCAGCUGGAUCUGCACUUCCCCCAGGGACUCUCCUUCCGAAAGGUGGAGAUGCUGAAGCCCCAUAGCCAGAUCCCUGUGAGCUGCGAGGAGCUUCCUGCAGAGCCCACGCUUCUGUCCAGGGCAUUCUCUUGCAACGUGAGCGCUCCCAUCUUCAGAGCAGGCCGCUCCGUUGCUAUGCAGAUGAUGUUUAAUACGCUGGUAAACAGCUCCUGGGGGGACUCGGUCGAGUUGCGCGCCAAUGUGACCUGUACCAAUGAGGACUCGGGCCUCCUGGAGGACAACUUGGCCAGUACCAGCAUUCCCGUCCUGCACCCCAUCAACGUCCUCAUCCAGGACCAGGAAAACUCCACACUCUAUGUCAGUUUCACCCCUAAAGGUCCCAAGAUCCACCAAGUCAAGCACAUCUACCAGGUGAGGAUCCAGCCUUCCAUCCAUGACCGAAACCUGCCCACCCUGGAGGCUGUGAUUGGGGUGCCACAGCCUCCCAGCGAGGGGCCCGUCACACACCAGUGGAGCGUGCAGAUGGAACCUCCUGCGCCCUGCCACUAUGAGGAGCUGGAGAGGCUGCCCCGAGCAACUGAGCCUUGUCUCCCCGGAGCCCUGUUCCGCUGCCCUGUUGCCUUCAAGCAGGAGAUCCUCGUCCAAGUGAUCGGGACCCUGGAGCUGGUGGGAGAGAUCGAGGCCUCCUCCACGUUCAGCCUCUGCAGCUCCCUCUCCAUCUCCUUCAACAGCAGCAGGCAUUUCCACCUGUAUGGCAGCAAUGCCUCCCUGGCCCAGGUCGUCAUGAAGGUUGAGGUCGUGUAUGAGAAGCAGAUGCUCUACCUCUACGUGCUGAGCGGCAUCGGGGGGCUGCUGCUGCUGCUGCUGAUUUUCAUAGUGCUGUACAAGGUUGGCUUCUUCAAACGGAACCUGAAGGAGAUGAUGGAGGCUGAUGGAGGUGUACCAAAUAGAAUCCCUGCAGAAGACUCCAGGCAGCUGGCGUCCGAGGAAGAGGCCGGGGAUCCAGGCUGCCUGAAGAACUUCCACGAAGAGGACACAGAGAGUGACAGCGGCAAGGACUGAGUCCAGGCCUGUGAUGCGCAGAGGGUCCGGGACUGGACUCCGGACGCCCAGGGCCACUCUGCCUCUGCCUGCAUUCCGCUGUGUGCCCCCGGGGGAGUCACUGUCCCUCACUGGGCCUCAGUUUCCCUAUCUUGAACAUGGGGCUCAUGCCUGCCUGCCUCCUUUGCAGGCUCUUAGGGUGGACCUGCUGAGGGACUGGCCAGGAGGGCUGCAGAAGUGAGGACUUGUCAUGACCAGACAGUCCUGGCUUCCACCAGCCUCUCUUGGUUCCUCUCCCUGGAAGAGAACAUCUGCUCUAAAUGUGGAGAAACUAUAGUCUCAGGACCUAGGGACAUUCCUGACCCUCACACCUUCCCUGGGAGGUCCACAGAUGCCUCUACCCCCGAGAAACUGUCCCUGCGUGCUCCCCUGCACUGGAGCCCAGUCUCUUCUGCUGGCAGAAAGCAAAUGUGACCCGUGUC